AUGGACCCAAAACGAGCGCGUCCUUCGAGCACGUGGGCCCGAGUGGCGACGCUGCUCCGGAGCGUGACUGUGGAGCCGCUGAUGCUACUGGACGGCGUGGCCUUCUGCAACAUGCAAGUGUACAUGGAGAACCUGCAGAUGGACCGCGUGUGCCGCGUCUCCGCCGGCCUCGGCGCCGAGGUGUGCGGCUCCCUGAAGGCGCACCCGCAGGCCAGCGUGGAGGUGCAGCGGCGCUUCAGCGUGUUCGCCUUCUACAACGGCGUGAUCGCGGCGGCGCUGCCCCUGUUCUUCAUCCUGUUCAUGGGCGCCUGGAGCGACAAGUACGGGCGCAAGGUGCCGCUGGCGGCGGUGCAGCUGGGCCACUGCCUGCACGCGGCCGGCUACCUGCUGGUGGCGCUGGUGCCAUCGUGGCCCCCCGAGGUCCUCCUGCUGGUGACGCUGCUGGACACGCUGGGGGGCGGCGCCGUGUCCUUCCUGACGGCCGCCAACGCCUACGUGGGCGACGUGUCGAGCGAGGAGGCGCGCACGUCGAGGGUCGGGCUGGCCAACAGCCUGUGGUUCCUGGGCGGCCCCAUCGGCACGCUGAUGGGGACCUACAUCUACUCGUACGGCGGCUACCUGUACCUGUUCGCGACGUCGCUGGCGCUGUCGGCGCUGGCGGUGAGCUACGUGGUGGCGUUCCUGCCGGAGAGCCACGGGCCCUUCGCCAGGCGGCCCGCGGCGCAGAGCCCCCCGCCGAAGGAGCUGGAGGCGGCGGAGAGCGAGGCCGACGGGCGGGAGGCGAGGCCCGCCGCCGCCGCAGACGCCGCCGGGGCACGGGCGACCGCUGCCCAGAUGGCCAGGGACUUCUUCAGCCCCCGCCGGAUCGUCGACAGCUUCAGGUCGACCCUGAGGCGGCGGGAAGGGAACACGAGGGCCCUCAUCCUCGUGCUGAUUUUCACCAGCCUCCUCAGAAGGGUCACGCGCUCACCGUUCGUGUUUGCUUUCACGCGUCACGCUUUGGGCUGGGAGGCCACCGACUACAGCUUCUGGGUCACCUACAAGAACGUCAUAGCAACCGCAGGAUCUUUAAUGGCGGUGCCCCUGCUGAGUGGGCGCCUCGGGGUGUCUGACAACGCGCUGGCGAUGGUGGGCGCUACGUCCGGCGCCCUCGAAUACGUGGCCUAUGGCUGUGUGUCUACCUCCCAGUCUAUCCUUAUCUGGAUUGCCCCGGUAUCGGCUCUGCUCCUCAACUCUUGCAACAUUGCACAGCGAGCCAUGAUGACCAAAUUUGUAUUCAGCGAUGAACUAGGCAAAGUGUCCGCCGUCCUGGGCGCCCUGGACGGCCUCAUGCCCAUGGUGAAUUACGCCCUCUACACCGCCGUCUACCACGCCACCGUCAGCGUGUUCCCGGCGGCGCACUUCUUCCUCGGGGCCUCGGCGAGCGCUCUUAUGAUGGUCUUCUUCUGCAUCAUCAUCGCCCUCUCCAGGUCCGGCGAGUACGACCUGGAGGCAGCGAAGUCCUCUGGAGACCAGGGCCCCGUCACCAGCACGACGCUGACACUGAGGACGGAUGCCUUCUGGCUGACGGGCUCCGACAGCGUGGCCCUCGCCGUCUUGCCAAGCCACGUGAGCGUCUUGCCAAGCCAUGGGGACGUCUUGCCAAGCCAUAGGAAAGUCUUGCCAAGCCACAUGGGCGUCUUGACAAGCUCCGGGGAAUCGUGCGGCAGGCAGCACAGCGGCAUGACCCACGGAAGCACUGCAGAGGCACUGAAACAGGUUGAGAGCAGUGACAGCCGUGAUGUUGAAGACCGGAGAACUUGCAACAGUGGUGUUCAUGAUAUGUGUUGCAAUAAGGCUGAUAUUGUGUGUAGCAGUAACCUUUAAAUCUCGUUUAGCAGUGGAAAUAAAAUCGCUCAUUACACUAACUCUCAGUUCAUAAGUGACAAUGAUAGAUAAACUGUUAAUCGGGAAUAACAUAGCAGGAAUAAUUAUAGAGUGUGUAAGGCAACAUUAUUCAAAUUCGAUGUCACGGUGAGAAUCACUUAUCAUCGUA